UCUUAGCUUUCCUAGUUGCUAACGAGAGGACGAGGGAGCUGUCGGUUCUUCGCCAAGCAAAAGUCAAGUGCUAGUGUGUGGAAAAUGAGUGCAGUUCAAACGCUUAGAGCGUUGGUGAAUCAGCGACUAACUGCGGCCGUUGAAGAAAUAUCCGCAGCGUUCGAGAGCACGAUAGCAGGGUACGAGGAGGAACUUACUCGAACAAAAGAAGAGAACCGGAGACAACGUGAAAUACUAGACGCCGUUGUCAAACAGCCUCAAGUUGUGUUACGCAGAGCAGAUGCCAGUAAAGAAUAUCUUCAGCACAUUAAAGAAGAGGAGGAGAGGCCAGAACCCCCCCACAAUAAGGAGGAAGAGGAGGAUUACAGAAUCAGUCAUGAGGGAGAGCAUCUUGAAGGACUGGCGGAGUUCCCAGUGCUUGGUGUCCCUGUGAAGAUGGAAGAUGAAGACAAAGGUGAACAUGAGGAGGAGAAAGAGGCGGAGCACAUGAAAAUAGAAGCUGAUGGAGACCACUGUGGAGGACCACAAGCAGACAACCGCUCAGCUUUACUAUCAGAUAGUGAUGACCCGACGUCACACUCUCCCGACACUGAUGAUGAAGACUCUAAAGCUGAUCAGACAUGUCACACUGACAACACACGCUUGAAAUGCGCUCAGUGUGAUCAGACUUUUGAGAACAAGAGAGCACACACUGGAGAUGAACCAUACUUCUGCUCGAUGUGCGAUAAAAGAAACUUUGAGAAGGUACAAUUGACAGCACACACAAGCAUACACAAUAGGGAAAAAACAUAUGCCUGUUCAGUGUGUGGUACAGGUUUUGUACAUAAAUGUCACUUAAAAACACACAUGCGAAUACACACUGGAGAAAAACCAUAUUCGUGUUCAAUCUGCAGCAAAAGUUUUUGUAGCCAAUCAAACUGUGCAAUUCACAUGCGAAUACACACUGGUGAGAAACCAUAUGCCUGUUCAGUUUGUGGUAGAAGUUUUGCACGAAAUGAUCAUUUAAAAACACACAUGCUAUUACACAGUGAUGAGAAACCACAUGCCUGUUCAGUGUGUGGUAAAGGUUUUACACACAAAAGUCAUUUAAUAAAACACAUGCGAAUACACACUGGAGAAAAACCAUAUUCGUGUUCAAUCUGCAACAAAAGCUUCCGUUACAAGUCAAGCCAUGCAAACCAUAUGCAAUUACACAGCGGUGAGAAACCACAUGCCUGUUCAGUGUGUGGUAAAGGUUUAGCAGACAAAAGUCAUUUAAAAACACACAUGCGAAAACACACUGGAGAAAAACCAUAUUCAUGUUCAAUCUGCAACAAAAGCUUCUGUUACAAGUCAAGCCAUGCCACCCACAUGCAAUUACACAGCGGUGAGAAACCACAUAUCUGUUCAGUGUGUGGUGCAGGUUUUGCAUUUAAUAGUUUAUUAAAAGGACACAUGACUCAACACACUGGUGAGAAACCAUUUUCCUGCUCAGUGUGUGGUACAAGCUGUUCCACCAAAUCUCAUUUGAAAAUUCACUUGCGAAUACACACUGGAGAAAAACCGUAUGCAUGUUCAAUCUGCAACAAAAGCUUUCGUGAUGCAUCAAGCCGUACAAGACACAUGAAAAGCCACACUGGUGAGAAACCAUAUGCCUGUUCAGUUUGUGGUAGAUGUUUUACACAAAAUGGUAAUUUAAAAGCACACAUGAGAACACACACGAGAGAACAAACAUAUGUUCAAUCUGUAACAAAAGCUUUUCCGGACAAGGAGCAGUUGUAGAACACAUGAGAACUCACUGAUGAGAAAGUGUUGUGUUGCUGAUUCUGAAUUGUUAAU